UAAGGACCUAGCAAUGUUGAGUCAUAUAGUACUAAAGGACAUCCUCAACUGGAGUCUCCUGCUUUUGCUUCUGUUUCUUCAUUUUUGCCUGGGCGAAGAAGAAAACAUGGAGGUGAGCAGAAGAGAUAAUAAUCCAGUGGCCAAAGUUUUGGAGAGCCACCACCAGACUGGUCAUAAAGGUUCCAGCAGCAGGGAAAACUUGAGACAGCGGAGCCAACUAUAUAAGUGGACGGUUGAGGCAGUUGAUGGUACUAGUCCUUCUACUGACCAAAAUGCCUUGAAACCAGAAGUAGAUGAUGUAGCACAGACUACCUCAGACAGAGUCCAGACAACACAGAGUGGACCUCAAAGCCCACCAGAAUGUGGUUGCCGGGGGGAUUUUGGAUUUCGAGGUUAUCAAGGCCCACCUGGACUUCCAGGACCUGCUGGAAUCCCAGGAAACCAUGGAAACAAUGGAAAUAAUGGAUUACCUGGCACAGAAGGAUCGAAAGGUGACAAAGGAGACAAGGGGGACUUGGGACUCAGAGGUGAGCGAGGCCAUCAAGGACAUAAAGGAGAAAAAGGUUAUCCUGGCAUCCCGCCAGAGCUGCAGGUUGCAUUUAUGGCUUCAAUGGCAACCCACUUUAGUAAUCAGAACAGCGGAAUAAUCUUCAGUAGCGUGGAAACCAACAUUGGCAAUUUCUUUGAUGUAAUGACUGGACGAUUUGGCGCUCCAGUGAAUGGGGUUUAUUUCUUCACCUUUAAUAUGAUGAAGCAUGAAGAUGUUGAAGACGUCUCUGUGUACUUGAUGCAUAAUGGCAACACAGUAUUCAGUUUAUACAGCUACGAAUCCAAGGGAAAAUCUGACUCGUCAAGCAACAGCGCAGUGCUUAAACUUGCCAAAGGAGACGAAGUGUGGUUGCGGAUGGGCAACGGGGCACUGCAUGGAGAUCAUCAACGCUUUUCCACUUUUGCUGGGUUCCUUCUUUUCGAAACCAAAUAGGUCUACU